UUAUAUGUUUCGACUCCGGCGGACCGGAAUUAAUAAAAUCGUUGAAUCCGUACUACUGAACGCACUGUACUAUUCGAUGGCAUUUCGCCGGAGCUCUCUUCUGCUGAGGAAGGCGAUUGGUGGCAGCCGUGCAGCGGCAAUCAAUUCCUCCUACACCAAUCUGUUCCGUGAUUCGUCUGAUUUGCGGAGGUGGUAUUCCAGCUCAGAGUCCGAUGGUAACUGUGCCGCCGGGUCAGCGGCGGGUUACCACGUCACUCACGGGCCGUCCUAUAUGCGGGGAGCGGUGUUUUGGGAGAAGGAUAAGCCGCUAACUUUCGAAGAUUUCCACAUGCCUCGUCCCAAGGCCAAUGAAGUUCUAAUUAAAACGAAGGCUUGUGGGGUGUGCCAUUCUGAUCUACAUGUGAUCAAAGGUGAGCUUCCUUUUGCCAGCCCCUGUGUUGUAGGGCAUGAGAUUACCGGUGAGGUGGUAGAGCAUGGGCCGCUUACCGACACCAAAAUUGUGGAAAGAUAUCCUGUGGGCUCUCAAGUAGUUGGAGCAUUCAUAAUGCCGUGUGGAAGUUGUUUCUUCUGUUCUCGGGGUCAAGAUGACUUGUGUGAGUCAUUCUUUGCUUACAAUCGAGCAAAAGGAACACUUUAUGAUGGUGAAACAAGGUUGUAUCUCCGUAGCAACGACAAACCAGUAUACAUGUAUAGCAUGGGAGGUCUCGCUGAGUUCUGUGUGGUGCCAGCACAUGGAUUGGCAGUUCUACCCAAUUCAUUGCCUUACGUAGAAUCUGCUAUACUAGGAUGUGCAGUUUUUACUGCAUAUGGAGCAAUGGCUCAUGCGGCUCAGGUAAGACCUGGAGAUGCCGUUGCUGUGAUUGGCAUUGGAGGAGUUGGCUCGAGUUGUCUGCAAAUAGCAAGGGCAUUUGGGGCUUCUGAGAUUAUUGCAGUCGACGUUCAAGAUGAGAAACUGGAGAAAGCUAAGGUAUUUGGAGCCACUCAUGCUGUCAAUGCCAAAAAGGAGGAUGCUGUUGCAAAAAUCAAAGAGAUUACUGGAGGAAGGGGUGUAGAUGUAGCUGUGGAAGCCUUAGGAAGGUCACAAACAUUUGCACAAUGUGUACAAAGUGUCCGGGAUGGAGGGAAGGCCGUGAUGAUUGGCCUUACGCUCUCUGGUGCUAAAGGGGAGGUUGACAUUAACCAUUUGGUUCGUAGACAGAUAAAAGUAAUUGGAUCGUAUGGAGGCAGGGCAAGACAGGACCUUCCGAAACUGAUUAAGCUGGCAGAGAAAGGCACAUUCAACCUGGAGGCAGCUGUGUCAAGAAAGUGUAGAUUCGAGGAGGCGGGGCAGGCAUAUCAAGACCUCGACAAGGGAAGUAUUGUCGGGCGUGCCGUGGUUGAGAUCAUGUAAUAAAAUACCUACCCAAUGCCCCUUCCCCUUCCCCUUCCCCCUCAUCUUCAUCAUCAUCAUCUUCUUCUUGGCAUGAAAAUGUGUAGCUCAGCCCCUACCCUACACUGCCUAAAUAAAACUCACUUUGUUUCUAACUAAUUCUUCAUUUUAUGAAAUGGGAUGGGAUGGGAUUGCUCAAAGUUUCA